AUGUGUACCUGGUCAGUGGCUUUGGUAAGGCUGGCCGAACGCCCGCAAACACGCGCGCAGGGUCUCGAGAACGGUUCCUCAUCCUUCGCUCCCAUGGCCAUGCGAGAGGGCAAGGCAAGGUACAUGGGGGACUCGGGAGUCCAGGACGGAGGGGUGUCUAAUAGGGAACCCCGCUGUCGCUCCUCGAGUAAGGAAGGUUGUUUAGAGGCGCCAAGACUGCGACAGCUGUCGUUGAGGGCGGAAUGCGACGUGGAGUUGAAGACCAAGAGAAAGAUGUUCGUCGGCGUCUUUCAACAUGAAGAUGAAAGUGGAGUGAGGCAACCUCCGUACGGAUGGAUACCUCAAGGAACAUCCACCGCGGGCCUGAGAAACGCGGCAAGAUGUCGUCGGACCGGAAUCACGUGCUUAUGUGCAGACGAAAUGGGAAUGGAAGGUGCAUCUCAAGAAAGUGAGGUGGACAUCGCACUUUCCGUUCCUUCAAUCUUCAAUAUCCAAGAGCAACGGAAGUCACCAGACCCACCGGUGCCUUCCUCCACCGACGCCUUGGAUCCUCUCCAGCCUUGCGUCAACCUCAUGUCGCUGAUGCCUCCAUCUUCGCCUGGACAAUCGCCAUUUUCUCAUCCUCCAUUCAUGAAGAUCCUUGCCCCUUACUGUUCUGCAUAUGUCCAUGCUCUCCUCCUCUGUACCAGCUACACCAGCCGUGCCAAUAAUUGCACCCAGAUUCUAGAGAUAUGGGAAACGCUGACAGUCAGGGAAGGCUCCCACAACACUGUGGACGAAGCAACCAACGUGUCGUAUCGGAACAGAUCCUUGAUACAUCAUGCUGGACUACACAAGGGCAUCGAUACACCCCGGAUUGCUGAUAGGGAAAGAAGCAUCAGUUCCGGCUCUACCGACUCUGUUAGCGAGCCCUCGGGAGUAUCGAUCCUACGCAGAUUACGCGACGUCUUCCCAAAUCCAGCAAAGUCAUCCGGCAUAGCUUGGACGAGACCAAUGGCUAUCCUGACAUUUACAAACACGGGACCUCCACGCCGGGAACCCGAUUUGAUAACGCCACAAGUGUCUCCUGACUUACUCCGUAGAUGCCAACUUGCCGCAGACCGCGCCAGCACUCCCUCGAAAGAUAGGACUGUCGCCGCAAAACACCCGUCUCGGGACUCGGGGAAAGCCAUCCUGCUCUUCCGCGCAGUCUACGAUUAUCCGAACGGAUACGUUACGGGGACUCUGCUGACCGUGGCCAUCAAUAAGCCCACUCGGUCCGCCAUUCGAAAUCAGCAAUCGCCUAUCGCCCAAGAUAAGACGCUGUUAGCUUUACGAAACAAGUCUACUGCCCCGGGCCAGAUGUUCGGAAACAACCCAGAGAUACGGCAUCACUUGGAGGACGACAGUCGCAACCCGUACUCUUAUCUGGGCGGCAUGGCGCAUCCGUCGAGCCCAUUGAUCGGAGGUGAACCUAUAUUGACCGCUCACGUGGUCGGUGCCUGCGAAAAGCAUCCGACAUCCGAUUCCUGCGCCGAUCACGAUGAGGAUGCAAGCAGCAAGCGGCACAGCUGUAGUCUUACGAGACAACAUACGCACCGAUGCGCCGCAAUGCCAACUGUUGACUACAGCAUCCAGGAUGGGAUGCGGUCUGGUCGAUGA